AUGGCCAAGAGGCUGCUGGUGCUUUUGACCGGGCUGGCGCUCCUAUCUGGGUUCUGUGGAGCAGAUUACCGUGGAAAGGAAUUUGUAACAUGCUACCUGCAGAACUACGUGGCAAGCCAACACAGUCCUAGUCUUGAGCUCCUUAUCACCGGAUAUCAUCCUGCAACCACCGUCAGAGUCACAGUGAACAAUUCUGCCUUUCAGAAAACAGUUUUAGUCUAUGAGAAAGAGACAGUGUCUGUUGUGGUCCCGGCCUCUUUGGAGUUGACGGGGAACAAUAUCUUUGAUGGGGUUGUGAGGAUCCAAGCUGACAAAGAUAUCUUAGUCUUUUCCUACAACUACAAGUUGACAUCAAGCGCUGCCACAGUCGUGUACCCAGUUCAGCAGCUGGGCACACAAUAUUAUGUGGUAACCCCAGAAGGGCAUCUCUCAAACACUUUCAAGGAAUUUGCAGUUGUAGCCUAUCAGUUUUCCACUCAAGUCACUAUUCACCUGAAAGGGGCUGUGACGUUCCAAGGGAAGGUUUAUGCUGCAGGGAGCAGGCUUGUAGUUGACCUCAAAGCCUUCCAAGCGAUUCAGCUGCAAAGCUCAGUUGAUUUGUCUGGCAGCAAGGUUGAAUCAGAUGCGCCCGUGGCUGUUUUGAGCGGGCACAGCUGUGCCAUACAGUUCUCAGAAUGUGACCAUGUUGUUGAGCAGCUCUUGCCUGUUUCCAGCUGGGGCACCACCUUCAUAGUUCCUCCACUGUCUUUUCAACCUAGAAUAGACAUUGUGUAUGUCAUCGCUUCCCAAAAUACUUUGAUCCAAUACCAGUCUGGGGUCACCCAAGGCUCCCGUCGUGCAGUGGCUGGAGAAAUCAUGCGGUUUGAGAAGCAGCCCUCUCAGGCCCUUUACUUCUCUGCUGAUGUAGGAAUCCAGGUCCUUUUUUUCUACACUGGUACCAAUAAUGGAAAUUGCCAGUACGAUCCAUUCCUCAUCAAUGUUCCAGCCUUAACAAGCUAUUGCACGUCAUAUCACAUUGAUGGGAUUAAGGACUUUGAUAAUUUUGCUGUCAUCAUGGCCAAAACCUCAGUUUCUGGUGGGAUCACAUUGGAGAAAAAAGCCAUUACCAAUGUUGAAUGGGCACCAGUCCCUGGAACAGAAUAUUCUUUUGCUUUACUCAGCUUGGGCAAAGAAGCCAGUGCCCUCUCUGUAGAACACCCCACCACUCCUUUUGGGCUCUUCAUCCUUGGAGGUGCCAAAAGCAAUGGUUAUGCCUCUGUGGCCAUUUGCUCUUGUGACAAACCAGUGUCUCCUUGCAGUUCGAUCCAGUGCAGGAAGAAGGAAAAGUGUGAAAUCAUAGGAGGUGAUCCAGUGUGUGUGCCAGUGUCUAAUUCUAGCUGUUGGGCCCAGGGAGAUCCUCAUUAUCACACCUUCGACGGGAAGAAAUUUGACUUCAUGGGCACCUGUACCUACACUAUUGCCAAGACUUGUGGCUCGGAUGCCACUCUUCCUUCUUUCAGUGUUGAAGCCAAGAAUGAGAACAGGGGAGGAAAUACUCGUGUUUCGUACAUUGGCUCUGUGACAGUCACAGUCUAUAACACCAUCAUCAAGGUGGUCAGAAAUGAGCAAGGCUUUGUAAGGGUGGACAACCUGCGGUUCCGCCUGCCCAUCUCCCUGAAUGAAGGGAAACUCCGUCUGUACCAGAGUGGGAGCUCUGUCUUCAUUGAGACAGAUUUCUCCCUGAAGGUCUCCUAUGACUGGAACACCUACCUGGUGGUGAAGCUCUCCAGCAGCUUUUAUGAAAAUGUCUGUGGUCUUUGUGGCAACUACAAUGGAGACCCUGCUGAUGACUUCAGCACCCCCAAUGGGGCCUUGGCUCCCAACCCCAAUGAGUUUGGAAAGAGCUGGAAAGUGGACGAUGGUGACAGGUUGUGUUGGGAUGACUGCCAUGGGGAAUGCAAAAGCUGCUCCCCAGAGAUGGCCAAGAAGUAUGAAGGUGAACCAUUCUGUGGCUGGCUCAUCAAAGGAGAAGAUGGCCCAUUCAGCAAGUGUCAUUCUGUGAUCGACCCCAACCCCUAUCUGGGGAACUGUGUCUAUGACCUCUGCAUGAAUGAUGGCCUGAAGGAGCUUCUUUGUGAUGCACUGAAUUCCUACGCAGUUGCUUGCCAGGAAAAAGGAUUUUCUAUAUCUGACUGGAGGACCCGCACUGGUUGUGGUGUAUCCUGCCCUGAGAACAGCCAUUAUGAGCUCUGUGGGUCUCCAUGUCCUGCCACCUGCAAUGACCAAGCUGGCCCCAAGAAGUGCUCCUCGAUGUGUUGCGUGGAAGGCUGCCAAUGUAAUGAGGGCUUUGUGCUGGAUGGUGGGAAAUGCAUCCCCAAGUCUGCCUGUGGGUGCGUGUUUGAGGGGAAGCACUUCCUUCCCGGUGAGCACUUCUGGGGAGACAAGACAUGUACGAAAAGGUGCUUCUGUGACCCACAGACAAGACAAGUGAGCUGCCAGGCAGUGAGCUGCGGAAAGGGAACAGAGUGUAGGGUCGAGGGUGGCAUCCAGAACUGCUACCCAACCGAUUUUGGCAACUGCUCUGGCUCUGGCGACCCGCACUACAUUAGCUUCGAUGGCCGGAAGUUUGACUUCCAGGGCACCUGCGUGUAUCAGUUCACUGGGCUGUGUGAGAAGAGGGAUGACCUGGUCGAUUUCCAGGUCCUUGUUGAAAAUGACCAGCGAGGCGGCCAGUCUGUGUCCUAUACCCGGAUUGUAGAAGUGAAAGUUUAUGGGGCAUCCAUUGUGAUGAGCAGAGGGAACCCUGCAAAAGUCAUGGUGAACGACUUGCUGACCAACCUGCCCUACAGCAUCGACAUCAGCAGAAUUUCCGUAUACAGGAGAGGGCAAGGGGCAGUGGUCCAGACAGACUUCCAACUGACUGUUGUCUUUGAUGGGAUAAGCCGGGUCACUGUGUCUGUGCCCAGCAGCUACCGUGGUGCCCUGUGUGGUCUCUGUGGGAACUUCAAUGGCAACAAGCAGGAUGAUCUGACCAUGAAAGAUGGCACAGUGGCUCCACACCCAUCGGACUUUGGUCAGAGCUGGAAAGAACGGGAGGUGCCAGGCUGCAGCAAAGGGGGCACGGAAGAAUGCCCUAACCUGUCAGCCAUUGAGAAGCGUCAACGGAGCCUCGACAAAGAGUGUGGGCUCAUCCUAGCCAAGAGCGGCUCCUUCAGAGAAUGUCACAGCAAAGUGGAUCCAGAAGGAUACUUCCAAGAUUGUGUGUACGAUUAUUGUUUCUUUGAUGGCCAACAAGCUGUGAUCUGCCAGGUCAUUGCCAGCUAUGCUGCAGCAUGCCAGGAAGCUGGGGUGACCCUCUAUCCUUGGAGAUCGGACACCUUCUGCAGUCUUCCCUGCGCUCCGAAUAGCCACUACGAACUCUGUGCGAGAGGCUGUGCUCAGACCUGCAGCAGCUUUUAUGCUACAGCCCCUUGUUCGGCUACGUGCCACGAAGACUGCGUCUGCGAUGAGGGCUUUUUGCUGAGCGGCGAUCAAUGCGUGCCCACAUCCCGGUGCGGCUGUCUCUACCAAGGCCACUACUACCCGGCAGGAGAGACUUUCUAUCCAACCUGUCAGGAGCGUUGCAUCUGCCAAGCUGGGGGGAGUAUUGGGUGUGUCUCAUUCUCCUGUGGCCCCAAUCAGGAAUGCCGGUUGUCAGAUGGCGUCCGGAAAUGCUACCCCGUUGGCAAUGCCACCUGUUCUGGUUCGGGUGACCCUCACUAUCUCUCCUUCGAUGGACGGGCCUUUGACUUCCAAGGCACCUGCACUUAUACCUUGGCUACAGUUAACACAGGAAACCGGCUCUUGAGAUCCUUUGUGGUUAACGUGGAAAACGAGGCCUGGGGGAAUGGGAAGGUGUCCGUUACCAAGAUGGUUUCUGUCUCAGUCUACGGCAUUACACUUACAUUACUGCAGAACAAGAAAGGUCAAGUGAUGGUGAAUGGCUUGAUCUACAACGUCCCUAUAUCCUUGUCUGCUGGGCGGAUCAGAGCCUAUCAACAUGGCACAAAAAUCCUGAUAGAAACUGACUUUGGUCUCAUUGUGAGCUACGACCUGGUUUACCGUGUGACAGUCACAGUCCCAAGUACUUACCAGAGUGAGAUGCGAGGCCUCUGUGGGAACUACAACGGGAAGAAGGAUGACGACUUCCUGCUACCCGAUGGGAGCACAACUUCCGAUGCAGGUGCCUUUGGUGCUGCCUGGAAGGUUCCAGUCCAUGGGGCAGUUGGAUCUUGCUCAGAUGGAUGCUCUGGAAACAGCUGCCCAGUCUGUGAUGAAAGGAAAAAGGACAUCUUCAAACAGCGCCACUACUGUGGUAUCCUCACUGCGCCUGAUGGCCCCUUCAGUGCUUGCCAUGGAAAGGUUGAUGCCAAUGUAUACUUCAGCGACUGCAUCUAUGACCUGUGCAUGGGCGACGGGGACAGCCAGAUCUUGUGCAACAGCAUCCAGAGCUACGUAUCUGCCUGCCAAGCGACUGGGGUCUCCGUAAAGCCUUGGAGGAACCCUCGCUUCUGUCCUAUGCGCUGCCCUGCCAACAGUCACUAUGAGAUCUGCGCCCAGCUCUGCCCCACCUCCUGUGCCAAGAUCACAGACCCUACACCCUGUCCGAAGACUUGUGCUGAGGGCUGCCAGUGUAAUGAUGGCUUCUUCUUUGAUGGUGUUGGCUGUGUCUCCGCAAAAGACUGUGGGUGCAUAAAGAAUGGACGCUACUAUAAGCCCAAUGAGAAGGUUCUGCUGAAUGCAUGCCAGGAGAUCUGCCACUGCAUCCCAGGCCUGGGAGUAAUUUGUGAGGCCCACAACUGCGCUGCCGAUGAGAUGUGCAAAAUCCAAGAUGGAGUCAUGGGUUGCAUUAAUAAGGAUCCAUGUAAAUCCCUGAAGUGCCGAGAAAAAGAAACAUGCAAGAUUGUAAACGGCCAGGCCAAAUGCAUCCCUAACUUCUCAGGAAUUUGCUGGGCCUGGGGGGACCCACACUACCAAACCUUUGACAAAAAGAAGUUUGAUUUCCAGGGCACUUGUUCUUACACUAUUGCCAAGUACUGUGGGAACGAUGCUACACUGGUGCCUUUCACUAUCGAUGAGAAGAAUGACAACAGGGGAAACCAGGCUGUGUCCUAUGUGCGUCUGACCAACAUCUAUGUCUAUGGGUACAAGAUCUCCAUCCACAAACAGGAAACUGGAAGAAUCCGGCUGAAUGACAACAUUGUCAGCCUGCCACUGACUCUUGAAUAUGGCAAGAUCAAGCUGUACCAGAGCGGCACCAAUGCUGUCCUGCAAACAGAUUUCGGCCUCCAAGUGACGUACGAUUGGAAAUGGCACCUGGUGAUCACUCUCCCCAGCAGCUACUAUGGGACCAUCUGUGGGCUGUGUGGAAACUUCAAACAAAACCCUGCAGACGACAUGGUCUUUCCCAAUGGCACCAAGGCUGCCUCCAUCAUCAGCUGGGCCAGCAGCUGGAAAGUCAAAGACCGGGACCCCUUUUGCUGGGAUUACUGCCGAGGGAAUUGCCCAACAUGUGAUGAGAGCAAGAGGGCGCUGUAUGGAAAGGAAGAGUAUUGUGGGCUGAUCAGCAAGACCUCGGGGGGCCCCUUCAGAGAAUGCCAUUCCAUAGUGAAUCCAGACGACUUCUUUGACAGCUGCAUUUAUGACGUGUGUCUCAAUAGAGGGGCCAAGAACAUCCUUUGCCAGGCCUUGGAGGCCUAUGCUAAAACCUGUAGGAAAGAGGGUGCCGUGAUAUAUGAUUGGAGGACAGCCUCUGGCUGUGCCUUGCCGUGCCCUCAGAAUAGCCACUAUGAGUUUUGUGGCAAUGCCUGCCCCGCCAGCUGUGCUGACCGCAAUGCUCCCUCUUUCUGCACGCAGCCAUGCGUGGAAACCUGCCAGUGCAACGAUGGCUACGUCCUCAGCGUCGACAAGUGUGUGCCAGUCGGGAGCUGUGGCUGCACCUACAAUGGGCUCUACUACAAACCCGGAGAGGAGUUCUGGGCUGAUGAGACCUGUGGUUUCCGCUGCACAUGUGACCCCACCCUGGGCAUCGCGGUGUGCAAACCAGCUGGCUGCAAAGACAGUGAGCAGUGUACUGUGGUCAAUGGAGUCCGGGGCUGUUAUCCUGUAAGCACCACUACUUGCUCAGCAACAGGGGACCCUCACUAUACGACCUUUGAUGGGAAGAAAUAUGACUUCAUGGGCACCUGUGUCUACCAGCUGGCUGGGCUCUGCUCUAAGGACCCGACUCUCAGGCCUUUCACUGUCAAUGUGGAGAACAACAACCGAGGCAACCCAAAGGUGUCUUACACCAAAGUGGUGACAUUGAAGGUCUACGAUGUAACCAUGAUUCUGAGCCAAGAGCACCCACGCAGGAUCCAGGUCAAUGGCGUCUUUGUGAACCUGCCUUUCUACCAUGAAGACAAGAUAAAAGCUUACAUCAGUGGGAAUGAGGGCGUCAUCAAGACUGAUUUUGGCCUGACAGUAACCUUUGACUGGAACACCAAUGCCAAAGUCACUGUACCCAGUACAUACGCCAAUGCCGUUUGUGGCCUCUGCGGCAACAACAACUUGAACCCCAAUGAUGACUUGACUAUGAAGGAUGGGAGUCAUGCAUCCAGCAUCUCCCAAUUCGCAGAGAGCUGGAAAGUGGGAGAGGCCCCUGGGUGCACACCGGGUUGCACCACUGAUUGCCCACCAUGUGGAGAGGCGCAGAAAGAAACCUACAAGGGUGACCAGUACUGUGGCAUCCUCAUCAAAAAGGAUGGGCCAUUCUGGCGAUGUCAUGAUGUCCUUGACCCAACACCCUACUUCACAGAUUGCGUCUUUGACACCUGCCAGUAUCACGGUCAGCAUAAAAUUCUGUGCGAUGCCAUCAGCAUCUAUGUGGCAGCAUGUCAGGCUCUGGACGUUGAGAUUGACGAAUGGAGAUCAAACUCUUUCUGCAGCCCUGCCUGCUCGCCCAACUCUUACUACGAGCUCUGCGGAAACGGCUGCCCUGCCACUUGUCAUGGUCUCUCAGCUCCCGAUGGCUGUGAGAUGUCCUGCAAAGAAGGAUGCUAUUGCAAUCCAGGGUUUAUCUUGAGUGGGGACCAAUGUGUCUCCAUUGGCGAUUGUGGCUGUGAGCACCAGGGCAACUACUACAAGAAGGGAGAGGUUUUCUACCCUGGUUCCUCUUGCCAGGAACGAUGCCAAUGUGCAGAAAAUGGAGUUGUCAAAUGCCUGGACUUCUCCUGUGGGCCCCAUGAGGAAUGUAGGGUGAAGGACGGUGUCCACGGCUGUCAUCCCGUAGGGUCUGGCACAUGCAGUUUGGCCGCAGGCUCCCACUACCUAACUUUUGAUGGACGGGCCUAUGACUUCCAAGGAACCUGCACUUAUAUUUUAGCUAAAGUCCAUGGUGUGGGUUCUCAGCUGGCAAACUUCUCAGUGUUGGUGGAGAAUGAAAAGACUUUUACCAAGAUGGUUGUGGUCUCUUGUCAUGGACAUACCGUUGUCAUUGAGAGGGCAAUAAAGUGGAAAGUCAAGGUGAAUGGAGAGCUCUACACGCUGCCCAUGAAGACAAAUGAUGGGAAACUCUGGGCCAACCAGGAAGGCAAUAAUAUCAUUCUCCAAUCCAACUUGGGUCUCCAAGUUCUUUUUGACACCUCCUCUUAUGUCCUGGUGUCUGUCCCCAGUAACUAUCAGGGACUUGUCAAUGGCCUAUGUGGCAAUUUCAAUAAGGACAAGACUGAUGACUUUACUCUACCCACGGGCGAAAGAACCCAGAAUGUGAUCGAGUUUGGGGCCUCUUGGAAGGUUCCCAUUGAUGGGAUCAGAUGCUCCGAUGGUUGUGGAGAUAAAUGCCCCAUCUGUGAUGCAGCCAAGACAGCGCCAUACCGACCCGAGAGUUCCUGCGGAAUGAUCCAAGCCCAAUCCGGCCCCUUCAGGAACUGUCACUCCUUGGUAGACCCUGCUGAAUACUUCAACCACUGUCUGUAUGACAUGUGUGCAGCCAAUGGUGCAGGAGAAACUCUCUGUAGGAGCAUCCAGGCUUACGUAGCUGCAUGUCAGGCUGCAGGAGUUACAGUUGGAGCCUGGAGAACAAACAAAUUCUGCCCUCUCACUUGCCCAUCCAACAGCCACUACGAGUUGUGUACAAAGACCUGUGAUUUCACUUGCUCCAGCUUAUCCACUCCAGGCCGGUGCACAAAACAAUGCUUUGAAGGUUGCCAGUGUGAUUAUGGCUAUCUGUUUGAUGGUGACAGGUGUGUGGCAGUGGGAAACUGUGGCUGUGCGCAUGAUGGCCGUUACAUCAAGGCUGGCGAGACGGUUGUUUUUGAAGGUUGUUCAACCAGCUGCACUUGUCGCCCAAUAGGCCAACUGGUCUGUGCAGGAACUAGAUGCCAGUUAGGAGAGAUUUGUGGCCUCCACAAUGGUGUGCGUGGUUGCAGGGGGCAGGAUGGCGAGUGCAUCAUCGUCCCUGGAGCACGGUUGACCUCCUUUGAUGGUGUCUCUGGGGGAAUCCUUCAUGAAGGAGCUUACGAGGUGGCUUCCCUUUGCAAUGAAAACGACUUCUUAUGGUUCAGGAUCAUAGCAGUGGUCAAGAAAUGCAACGAAAUGGAUUUGCCAUCAGUGUCGAUGAUACAUGUAUUUUUCCAAAGGAUGCUUAUCACUGUAAAAACAAACAAGGAGACAUGGGUCAAUGGGCACCAAGUGACACUCCCGGCAAUGGUAUCUGCAGGUGUCUCCAUAAGCCUCUCUCAGGAUGGCAUUGUGAUUAAUUUGGCCUCCGAUGUAAAAGUUCUCCUCAGAGCCUGUGGGGAAAUGACAGUGGAAGUCAGCGAAAGCCUGGAAGGAAAACUCUGUGCCUCCUGUGGCAACUUCAAUGGAAAUGGUAUUGAUGACCUGAAGCUGCCCAGUGGGAACAUAGCAGGAAAUAUUGCUGAGGUCAUUGAUGCCUGGAAGGCCAAGGACUUCACUAGCUGCGAUGUCUGAUCCAAAGCGAGCGACUCUCUCUGCUGCUUAACUGUCGGCGUCAACCAUUUGCACCUGAGCUCGGAGCAAAACUGUCCUGCAUAGAGUAUUCCCUGGCUUCACGUCUUCGUGUUUUUCAACCUGCUAUCUGAUUGCCAAACAAAAUGAUGACACUUUCCCCUAAGAAUCAAUAA